CAGAAAGUGCUUUAAAUUUCCAAGUAUUUCCCUUUCUUCAAUCAAUACUAUUUGCCUUUGGGGGGCAACCCAACCAGAAGGCAAGAGAAUCAAAGAAAGUGCACCAAACCCUCUUAGAAAACAAGGCCAUUUUGGUAAAUUAAUUGAAGCAGCUCCCUUAUUUUCCUUGCAAAGAUCCAGUAAACCCUCAGAACAACUCACUGACUCACUCUCUCAUGAAAGUUAGAUCUCUUUGGGUCAACAACCAAAAACCCAGAGAAAAAAAGAGAUUAAAUUAAAUAAAACCAACAGCAGAAAAAGAAGAAGUCUUUUGGAAGAUAAUGCAAGGAUCUGUAGCUGCUGAACCAGAAACAGAGGAUGAGGAAGCAGCAAAGCUCAAGCUCCUCUCCAAUGGCGGUCACUAAGUUUCUCUCACUCUCAACCCUCCUCUUCUUCUUCGUCUUUGCAUCCAAAGCCACAUCUUCUCCACCGACAUUCAAAACCACCAAGCUGCAAAAUCAGGACCAAGAAAAAGAGCCGUUCGUCGGAACAUUGUUUCGAAAUCUUCUGUCUCCGUCGGACCUCGUUUCGUUUCUGCAACUCCAGCAGAUCAACCACGUCCGCCUCUACGAUGCCGAUCCGGACAUCCUCAAAGCCCUGUCCAAAACCAAGAUCCGGGUCGUCAUCAGCGUCCCCAACAACCAGCUCCUCGCCAUCGGCUCUUCCAACACCACCGCCGCUUCCUGGGUCGGCCGAAACGUCGUCGCUUACUACCCCCAAACCCUCAUCACUGGCAUUGCGGUCGGCGACGAGGUGUUAACCACCGUGCCUUCUUCAGCUCCUCUGCUUCUUCCGGCAAUUCAGUCGCUUUACAGUGCUUUAGUGGCUGCAAAUUUACACACCCAUGUGAAAAUUUCGACCCCUCACGCCGCUUCGAUAAUUCUCGAUCCGUUUCCGCCGUCACAGGCGUUCUUCAACCAAAGCUUAACCCAAAUUGUUCUCCCAUUGCUUCAGUUCUUGUCGAAAACCGGGUCGCCGCUGAUGAUGAAUCUCUAUCCUUACUAUGUGUUUAUGCAGAACAAAGGUGUGGUGCCUCUUGACAAUGCGCUUUUCAAGCCUCUUACGCCGUCGAAAGAGAUGGUGGAUCCCAAUACUUUGCUACAUUAUACUAAUGUGCUGGAUGCCAUGAUUGAUGCUGCUUAUUUUUCCAUGAAAAACCUUAAUAUUACUGAUGUGACGGUUCUUGUUUCGGAGAGCGGAUGGCCUUCGAAGGGGGAUUCUAAAGAGCCUUAUGCUACUAUCGACAAUGCAGAUACAUACAAUUCAAAUCUUAUCAAGCAUGUUUUGGAUCGUAGUGGAACCCCUUUGCACCCUGAGAUUACUUCAGAUGUGUACAUUUAUGAAUUGUUCAAUGAGGAUUUGAGGUCUCCGCCAGUGUCCGAGGCCAAUUGGGGCCUGUUUUAUGGGAAUUCGAGUGCGGUGUAUUUGCUUCACGUAUCAGGGAGUGGGUCUUUUUUGGCUAAUGACACAACAAACCAGACAUACUGCAUUGCCAUGGAUGGGAUGGAUGGAAAGAGUUUGCAGGCUGCAUUGGAUUGGGCAUGUGGACCUGGGCGGGCAAAUUGCUCGGAGAUUCAGCCGGGGGAGGAUUGUUACUCUCCGAAUAAUGUGAAAAGCCAUGCUUCAUAUGCAUUUGAUAGCUAUUACCAGAAGCAAGGGAGGGCUGCCGGGUCUUGUGACUUCAAUGGCGUAGCCACCAUUACCACCACUGACCCAAGUCACGGGAGCUGUAUAUUUCCCGGAAGUAAGAAGGUGAGCAACAAGACGAGGCAGACGGUGAACUCGACACAUUCCAGUAGCGGAGUAGACAGAUUAAGAUUUGUUGCCUUCGGCAGCAGCAGAAUAAGUGCCAUCAGCGAGAAGUUAUCCGUAUUUUUUGUUGUAAUCUUCUACAGUUUGUUAUUCUUUCCUUUUGUGACUCCAUGCUGAGGUUGAAAUAAAAUCAUUUUUUUUUUCUGGAA